AUUUCAAAUCAGAAUGUAUCUAAGGAUAGCUAUGAACUCCUCAACGCUCCCGCAGCUGCCGACAACGAGACCUACAAGAGCGUGGAAAAUCGUCACCGUUACAAUCUCUCCAUUCUUAUUAUGGCCUCGGUGGGUCGAAGCGGCUCUACAUUUCUCGGUGAACUUUUAGCUUCACAAGGGAACAACAUGUAUAUGUUUGAGCCAAUCAGGUCGCUACAAAAGCCGUACCUAAAGGCAAGUGUCGUGGCGGUACUGCUCAAUCUUUUUCACUGCAAUAUAAAGCAAAAUUUUCUUGAAUUGGGCAAAGUACCCUAUACAAAUAUCAAACAUCAUUACAUCAAAGACAAGUCAAAGGAGCAAAUUGUGCUGCACGCUGUAAACGAACACUGCAAGAUGGAACCAAUACGCAUUAUUAAGACGAUUCGCACUCGACUUCAGUGGACCAAGCAACUUCUAGAAGACAAAGAUCUUAAUCUGAAAGUGAUCCACUUAGUACGUGAUCCACGAGGAUCAUUCGUCUCCACGUUAAAUUUAGAAUGGAAUUUGACGACCAGUAAUGUGUGUCACAAGAUUCUGCAGGAUCUCCAGCAGAGACAGGAGAUGGAGGAGCUUUAUCCACACAGAUAUUUCUUUAUUACAUACGAGGAGCUGUGUCGAGAGCCUUACGCAAGUACACAAGCAAUCUUCCAGUUCCUGAAGGAAGAGACCAGACACCGGCAGACAGCUAGAGAAAUCUUUCCUCCCGACGUGACACAUGGAUCUGCUGCAGAUGAUAAGGCACAUUAUCGUUUGAGCAAAAGUGAUCGUUACUUCGAUAAAGUUACAUCAGAAUCGAGAAAAGGUGAGCCAGGUUUGGUUACUGAGCUGCCAGAGGGAGUCUUGAAUUAUCUGAAGACACAUACUCGCGUCAGUUUGUUAACCAUGAAUGACCCGUGGACGACGGUACGAGACACACGGAGUAUCUACCAGCAGUGGCGACGCAAGAUAACCCAGCAACAACUUAGUGACGUCGAGACACAUUGUCGCCAAGUUAUUAACAUUCUGAAUCACAAGUUGUUCGGUACUCUCAGAAAUGUUAGAAAUUUAUCAUUGUCACUCUUCGAUCAGCCACAAUAA